AUGCCCAAAACAUCUUUCCGAUUCGGCGUCGAGCUCGAGCUGAAGCUCGAAAAUCAAGAAGGCAAAAGGCCGUUCAAGAGCUGGAGUGAGCUCGCCAAAGACGUCAGUCGGCGCCUGGCCCAACAUGGAAUCCGCAAUCACAUCCAUGGCAAGGCAGCUGAGACUUACGAGGAGUGGUUCAUCAUCCGCGAGGUGACCAUCAAGGUCGACCCCGACAGCGACCAGUACGGCAUCGAGCUCGUGUCGCCUGUGUUCAGGGCCGAAGAGCAGGCAUGGAGCACGGACCUGCAGACCAUCUUCAACGUGCUGCACACCUACUACACGGUCCACGAAUCGGAUACGUGCAGCACUCAUGUGCACCUGUCGACGGCCGGGACGACUCUGACGGAGGUCAACGCGGUAUGCCUGGCCGAGGCGGCGCUCUACUACGAGCAUGCCAUUGACGCGCUCAUGCCGGUCUGGCGCGCGGGCGGGUCGCACUGGUGCGCCUCGAACCGGGACAGCCACAUGUUCAGCGGCAGCGAAGCCGCACAGCGAACCAAGCAUCCCGCGUUGGCCAGGACACUGACAGCCCACCACAGGGCAGCCAGUCUCGACACGUGCCUUGACAUUGUGCGCGCCUGCUAUGAAAGCCGCAUCUUUACGAUGGACGAGGCUAUGAACUUGUGUUCGGCUAGGAGCGUGCGGGGCAUUGCGCAAGGCAAGACAGCCGACUUUGUGCGCGGCAAAGUGUUCAAGUGGAAUUUUUGCAGCCUGUACAAGACGUCGGUUACGAGCAAGGAGAUCCACAGCGACGGCACGGUCGAGUUCCGCCAGGCGCCGGGCAGCACACGUGCUGAGGACGCCGGGGCUUGGGUCGCACUUGCGCUGACCUUUUUUGCGGGCGUCCUGUACAGCGACGGCAGUUUGCCCGCCGGCACGGUGAAUGGUGCGUCGGUGGCCGAGCUGGAGGCGCUGGUGCAGCGCGGCAGCCAAACCUUGGGCUGGGGCAACUUGGGUGAGCUGGAGGAGAUGCUGAAAUGCGCCCAGGGUUUCCAAGUGGACGAGUAUUGA